GGUUGGCAUCUCUCACUUUCUUCUUCGCAUUCAUGUCACACAAUCACUCACACGGUAGUUGCGGCGACGAAGCGCACGACCACGACCACCAUCAUGGCAUUCCGGAGGCUCAGGGCGUCCGGGACAAUCUCUAUUCGUAUAUUGACCGCCCGAACGUGGUCGCUCUGAACGCAGAUCCGGGCAAGGGUCCGGAGGUCAUCAAGCCUUGGGAUCAACGGCUUGACGAGGAGACGUUCCUCGAGUCGGAUGCGGACGAUCAGAUGAUUAUACGCGUACCAUUCACGGGAUCAGUCAAGCUUCGUGCCGUCCUUCUCAAAGCCGGACCAGGCGAACACACACCUGCAAAGGUCAAAGUGUACAGCAAUCUCGACAAUGGAGAUUUCUCGAACAUUGCAGACGCGAAACCUGUACAAGAAUUUGACAUUGCCCAGGGCAGGGAAAUCGGAGAAUACCAUGUCAUGCCAGCAAAGUUCCCGAACGUCACAUCUUUAACGCUCUUCUUCCCUUCGUCGCAGGGUGCUCACACCAUGCGCAUAUACUACCUCGGAUUCAUCGGCCAAUGGAGUGAGCGCAAGAAUGAGCCAGUCAUUGCCGUUUACGAGGCGCGGGCACGGCUAGUCGACCAUCCACAGAAGAUCCAAGGCAUUGACGGCCACUUCGUCGCACCGGAUCAGGCCGAAGGUCCCAAGUAGCCCAAGUAGUGUUUUCCACAUCGAACAGUGCUGUAUCGCUCAAGUAUUACUCGAGCCUCAACUGUUGCCAUCUCGUGCGGUCUGUUGCAUUUAUGUAUCAGUAGCGUGAUCCUUCCCUAGGCGUAAUCAUCCACCUAGUUGUAAUGUACGCCCUUUGUCAAAGUCGGACCCAAUACAUCCACAUCGCAUCUUUGUUCACAAACCAAUUGUAAGAUCAUAACGGUACUACAAUAAUACAAUUAUUGCAGA